AUGAAAAUGGGAGAUAUCAUCCAUCUUUGUUCACAAUGUCAAAUUCUAUGAAAGAUAUAUUCUUGCGUACUAUAAAGAAUAUUAGAGUACCAGAUGGUCUCUCGAGUAAUAUUUCACGGUGUGUUGACCUGAAGCAAAGAAAGCUCUCUGGAUUGAAAAGCCAUGAUUGCCACGUCCUUAUGCAGCAACUAUUACCCAUUGCCAUACGUAAUGUGCUACCAGAUAAAGUUACUGCAGUGCUAAUAGAGUUGUCUUCAUUCUUUCAACAGUUGUGCUCUAAAAGCUUAAGUCUUACAGAACUUGAGAAGCUCCAACCUCGAAUAAUCCUUACCCUUUGUCAUUUAGAAAUGUUGUUCCCUCCUUCUUUCUUUACAAUCAUAGUUCAUUUAACCUGUCAUCUAGUUGAUGAAGCAAAACUUGGAGGACCAGUACACUAUAGGUGGAUGUAUCCUAUUGAGAGGUAUUUAGGACAUUUGAAGUCCUAUGUACGAAACAAAGCUAAAUCAGAAGGUUCUAUAGCUGAGGGAUAUGUGGCUGAAGAAGCUCUUACAUUUUGCUCUCGAUACUUAGAAGGGAUUGAGACAAGAUUUAAUAGGCCACCACGUGUUGAUGAUCGUCCGGAUGGUAAUUACAAUACACAUGUUGAUUCACUUUUUCCACAAAUGGGUAACUCUAAGGGAGCUUUCACAGUAUUUGAGUUGUCACCUAUGGAAAAAAAACAAGCACAUCGCUAUGUGGUUUUAAAUUGUCCAUAUGUCAAACCGUUCAUUGAGUAAGUACUUAAGGAUUUGCGUACAUGUUUUUUAUUUACUUGAAAAUAGUUGUUUAGUUAGAGUUAAACUUUCAUAUCUGACAGUGACUUCAAAGAUUUUGUACGAAGACGAUCUAAGGGUAAAAGGCCUUCAAAUGUAG